AUGACGGAUAAACUCCCCCCACCUUUGCUGGCUCUGUUCCAGCCACGCCCUCCUCUUCGCUACAUCCCUCCCAGCGAUCGCGCACCGGAAGACUGUCAGAAAAGCACCAUUUCCGGAGUGGCCCAGUUCCUGGCUGAGGCGAAGAACUUCGAAGAAGAGGCCCCUUAUAAUGCGACUGAGAGCUGGCUGCAGCGUAAAUGGCGUCAGAAGUUGGAGAAGAAGGAAAAGCUUGAGAAGCAGAUGACUGAUGGGCUGGAAACCUUUGACCCAGAGAAGGAUCCCCAAGCACGAGGUGAUCCCUACAAAACUCUCUUUGUGGCUCGACUCAGCUACGAUGUGAAAGAAUCAGAUAUCGAGCGAGAGUUCGGCCGGUUUGGCCCCAUUGAGCGUAUCCGCAUCGUCAAAGAUACCGUCUCACCAAAGGCAUCCAAGAAACCCAAUAAAGGUUAUGCAUUUAUCGUUUACGAACGUGAGAAAGAUAUGAAAGCGGCCUACAAGGAAACAGAUGGCAUCCGCAUUAAGGACCGUCGAGUCCUAGUGGAUGUAGAGCGUGGACGGACGACCAAGGGCUGGAAGCCUCGUCGCUUUGGUGGUGGUCUAGGAGGCCGUGGAUACACCAAGGCGAUGCCUUCUCGACCAGUUGGGCCAGGUUUCAAUGCGCCAUCUGGACCUGGAGGUUUUGGCGGCGGCUUCCGCGGUGGAUUCGGUGGUGGCAGAGGCUUCCGUGGAGGUGGUGGAUUCCGUGGUGGUGACCGUUUCGGUCCUCGUGGAGGAAUUGGCUAUCAAGGUGGCCGUAAUGGAUUUGGCGGCGGCGGUCAACCACCCCCCAACGCUCCCUCUGGUCCUGGUGGUGGCCGCAGGGGAGAUUUCGGAGGUGGUAGAGGAGACUUUGGAGGAGGCAGGGGAGACUACGGUGGAGGCUCUUACGGUGGUGGUGGUGGUGGUGGCAGAUUUGACCGCGGAAGUGGUAGCAACCGAGAGCCUGUGCGCCCACGAGAUGGCCCUUCGGAUCGGGACCGCCGCGACGAUCGGGACCGUGAUCGCUACAGAGACCGCGACCGCCGUGAUGACCGCAAUGGAGGAGACCGCUACGGUGACCGUGACCGUGACAGAUACGGCGGUGGUCGUGAUGCUGGCCGGGAUGGCGGCCGAGAGGACUUUGGACGGAAGCGACCCCGUGAAGACGACGGCUACGAUGACCCCCGAUCCCGGAGACGAUACUAA